GUGUGUGUCCGGGGUCCCAAUGCUUUUAAAGGCUACCUGAAAGACCCAGAGAAGACGAAAGAAGCUCUGGAUGAAGGAGGAUGGGUUCACACAGGAGACAUCGGACGCUGGCUGCCGAACGGCUCUCUGAAGAUCGUGGACCGUAAGAAGCACAUCUUCAAGCUGGCUCAGGGUGAAUACAUCGCUCCAGAGAAGAUCGAGAAUAUUUACAUCAGGAGUGAAGCUGUGGUGCAGGCCUUCGUUCACGGAGACAGUCUGCAGGCCUGUCUGGUUGCCAUCAUUGUGCCAGAUCCAGACUUUCUGCCCGGCUGGGCCAAGAAGAGAGGAAUAGAGGGAACAUAUGAGGAUCUGUGCAAAAAUAAGGAUAUAAAGAAAGCCAUUCUGGAGGACAUCGUCAAGCUGGGUAAAGAAAGUGGCCUGAAGUCUUUCGAACAGGUGAAGGACAUCACUCUGCACAGCGAGAUGUUCACCAUCCAGAACGGCCUGCUGACGCCAACGCUCAAAGCCAAACGCGCAGACCUGAGGAACCACUUCAGGAGUCACAUCGACGAGCUCUACGCCAACAUCAAAAUGUAGAAAACACACAACCAAACACUCGAGAGGAUCCGCGCUGACACUCGAGGAGUACAAACACACCAAAAAUACUGCUUUAAAGGGACACGAAAGGAAAACUCUGUCAUUAAUUACUCACUAAUUAAAUCUGUAAGACCAUCAUUCAUCUUCAAACUGAACAUUAAGAUAUUAUAGAUGAAGAGCUCUCUAACCCUCCAUAGACAACAAGAGUCCCGAAAUAUUC